AUGCCUCGUCAGCUCAAGCGCCGCUCCGACGCCAUAUCCCGUAACCAACACGACUCGGCAGAAUCCGAAGACGAACCACCCCAGCGUGCGCAACGACGUCAGCGCCAGCGCUCAUCUUCCUCAGAGCAGCCCCAGCGCCCUCAGCAGCAAACCCAGCGCCGCGAACAAUCCUCCUCGCCGGAAGACUCCGAUGCCCCAUCCUCUCCUGGAAGGGGAGAGGGAGGCGGGCGCGGCCACUCGGCCGAAAACGUCCUCAUCAAGAAACUCGUCCGUCUGGCCCUCGCGACAGAAUACAGCCGCACUCCCCUGCGCAGAAGCGACAUCAGCGCCAAGAUCCUCAAAGACGCCAACACGAACACAGGCGGCAGCCGCGCCUCAUUCCAGAAAGUCUUCGAGGGGGCGCAGAAAGUGCUACAGGACACUUUCGGCAUGCAAAUGAUCGAACUGCCCGGCCGAGAAAAGACAAGCCUGAAGGAGAGAAGAACCCAAGCCACGCAGACGAAAGUGUCGAGCAGCGCCUCGAGCAAGUCGUGGGUCCUGGUGUCGACGCUGCCGCCAGAACUAAAGACGAAUCCGCUCCUCAUGCAGCCGAGCUUGGCCCCGAACGUGGAGACCGAGGCGAAUUAUACGGCGCUGUACACGUUCAUCCUGAGCCUGAUAUUCCUGAACGCGUCGUCGAUCACAGACCAGAAGCUGGAGAGGUAUCUCAAGCGAGUGAAUGCCGAAACCUACACCCCCAUGGGGAGUAAGGAGAAGUUGCUGCAGAGGAUGAUGAAGGAGGGGUACAUUGACAAACGACGGGACACUAGCUCCGGGGAGGAAGUCAUCGAGUGGGUUCCUGGCCCGAGAGGGAAGGUUGAAGUCGGUGUGCAGGGUGUGAUGGGCCUGGUGAGGACCGUGUACGGACACGGGGCCGUGGAAUUGUCGAGAGACACGACGGGGAGACGGCGCGACGGGACCCGUGAAGACGAGGAAGGCGAGGAUGAAGAAGAGCCCGGCCGCCUCGUCAAAAUCGAGGAAGAUGAGCUCAACGCCAAGCUAUCGCGGAGUUUGGGCAUCAAGGUCAGUGCCCACGGUGGAGACGAGACAAGGAGGGAUCAACACGACGUCGACGACGACGAGGAAGAGCAACAAGAGGAAGAACAGGACGAUAAUCAACCUGGACCCUCGCAACGACCCGCACAGAGAACACGACCACCUAACAAUGUUGGGAGAAAUCAAGGUCAAGGUCGCGGUGGAGGCAGACGAAAUGCACGGCACGAGGACGAGGAUGAUAGUGGUUGA